GGCAAAAAAAAAAAAAAAAGUUGUUCCGGUGCUCGCCAAUAACUGCUAGAUCUCUAGUUCAAUUCUUGUUUUUCAUAGGUUAAUCAGCUAGCUAGCUAGCACGAUCGAACUGUUCGAGUUUCAAUUAUUGCGAGCGAAGAAACAGGAUUUGUCAUUAAGGCAGCUGAUUGAAGUAGAAAUGCAAGAUGCGAGCAGUUUCCAGAUUUCGAAGCCAGUGGCGUCGAGGCCUUCUCGCAGCUUUAGGUUCUUCCCCGACCUCCCUGCCACGAGUAGUGGUUCUCUUCCGCCAAAUGAAGCGAAAGCCGUCGUCGCACUGAUAUUGGACGACGACGUGUCGGAAACGAAGGAAACAAGAACAAAUGCUCCUGCUUCUCUCCUCCUGUCAAAUCUGCAGGGAAAGCAAAACAACCACGCAUCCGUGCAACACGAACUGAACCAAUUAGAACUGGUGAGAAAUCAACAGCAGAUCACGAAGCAAGAUCGGCCGUCGUCCUGCGACGGCUACAACUGGAGAAAGUACGGGCAAAAGCAAGUGAAAGGGAGCGAGUACCCGCGGAGCUACUACAAAUGCUCGCAUCUCACAUGCCCUGUUAAGAAGAUAGUCGAGAGAUCGUUGGACGGGCAGAUCGCUGAGAUUGUGUACAAAGGCGAGCAUGAUCACCCGAAGCCUCGGCCUCCGAAGCGACGGCUCUCGUCGGGUUCGCAGGAGCAGGCCUUCGUCGCCGCCGACGAGAAUGGCAGAUCUGGGACAGGCAAUCUGCAGUCAUGGAGUAGCACUACUGGUUCGCUGCUGCUAGAGGUAAACCCCAAGGAACUGUCCUCCUCCUGCAGGAUUCCGACGUCUUCUGUGCAAGCGCAUUUGGCCGAUGAUCGUCCGAUCGAUACCGAUCACCAGGGCGCUAACUCUACCGUUCGAGUCUGCAGAGUUCCAAGUAGGAUGGUAACGAGGGAUCGCAAAAGAAGGAAGAAUGAUGACCAAAAUAGUGUUGGAGAAGAUUCAACAGAUGCUCAUUCAGUGAUUCAAACCUCUGGAGAUGGCUAUCACUGGAGAAAAUAUGGACAAAAAAAUAUGAAGGGCAAUUGUUAUCCAAGAAAUUACUACAAAUGUAUGUCUCCAAACUGUAAUGUGCGCAAGUAUACCGAGAAGGCUUUCGAUGAUUCCAAUUUUAUCGUGACGACAUACGAGGGAGAGCAUGACCAUGAGAUGCCGGUCAAGAAAAUAAAUUCAGCUGCGAGUAAUCCUAAAAUGUUGUCUUCUGGAUGAUCAAUUCUCUCUAAAUAUAUAUAUGUCAUUUGCGAGCAAAAGUAAUCGAUCUCAUCUAGUUGAUAAAACUUGAUUAUUAUUGUUGUUGUAUCUGAGAGGAAAAGUAAGUGAUCAUUUCAGAAUUUU